AUGGAAGAAGUUGUUUUAGAAAGAGAAACACCAAAUGAAGCCGAAGUUAAAUCCGAGAAUCUAAAUGAAGAACCAAAAGAAAAUAAUACAUCUUAUGAGAAUGAAAACGAAUCAAAUCCUUCAAACGAUAAACAAAAUGAAAAUAAUUCAUUAGAAGGAACUGAAGCAAAGGAAGAUUCUGCAAACAAAGAAAAACAAAAUGAGAAGUCUCAGCAAGAAGGAAACGUUCCAGAUGAAGUUCAUUCAAUUGGAGAAAAAGCAGCUCCUUCAGAACAAAAUGAUAAAGAAAAUAAUGAAAACAUUGUUUCAGAACAAGAAACACCAAAUGAAAAUCAAGUUAGAUCAGAGAAUCCAAACGAAGAAAUCAAACAAUAUGAUGAAAAUCUUCCUCAUGACAACAAAUCUUCAAUUGAAAACGCGCAAUCAGAUAAUUCUAAAGGAGAAAUAACAGAAGAGAAAUCAUCUCCAAAUGAAAGUACAGAAAAAUCUCUUCAAGAAAAUAGUGAUGAACAUACUGAAGAAAAAGAAAAUACUCCAUCAAAUAACUCUGAACAAGAUGAAAUCGAAAACAAUCUGGGAAAUGAUGAAGAGAAAGAUCUUGUUUCAGAACCAUUAUCAGAAGAAACGCCUUCAAAUGACAAGCAAACAAAUGAAGACAAAUCUUCAAAUUCUGAUGAGAAGCCUCAGAAAGAAUCAAAUGUUCCGGAUAAAGAUGAAUCAGUUGACUCUGAAGUUAAUUCUGAAAAUCCAAAUGAAAACAACGAAAUCCCUACUGAAGCAGAAGAAGAAAUCGGAAAAUCUUCUAAAGAAGUAACUGAUAAAUCUAAUGAAAAUGGAAAUGAUAAUAAUGAAAAUCCAACUUCAGCUCAAAGAUCCGAUCCACAAGAAAUCCCAGAAACUAUAGAACAAAAAGAUAAUGAAGAAGAUCAAAACCAAACUUCUAAUGAAACUCCAAAUGAAAGUACUGAAGAAACUCCACAAGAGAAAGAUAAUAAAGAAGAACUUAUUACAGAUUCUCCUGAAAACAAUUCCGAACAAAUCAAUGCUCAAAACAAAGACCGCGAAGUUUCAACUAAUGAUGUUGGAAAGAAUGACGAGAAAGAAACACCUUGUGAAAAUGAAAACAAAUCAUCAAAUGAGCAGGGUGGAAAUGAUAACAAGAAAGAUCUUGCUUUAGAAAGUGAGAAAUCAAAUGAGACAUUAUCAGAGAAACCAUCAGCUGAAAAAGAAAAUGAUGAUAGUGAAAUCAAUCCUUCAAAUGAAAAAGCAGCAGAAAACGAACCAGAAAUGAAGCAACACGAUACAAACGACAUUAAACCUUCAGAUAAAGAAGACGAAAACCAAAUCAAAUCUGAAAAUUCCGAAGAAAAGCCACAACAAGUUAAGAAUGCUCCAGGAGAAGUAAAUUCAUCUACAUCUUCAACCGAAGAAAAAGAAACACCUUCUGACAACAACGAAUCUAAUUUAUCAAAUACACCAGCAGUAAAUGAAAAAGAAUCCAACGAGAAUUCAGAAGAAAAUCAAAAUGCCAAAUUAGAGAAUCUUAAUGAAGACAAUUCAAUUAAAGAUGAAAACAAUUCUGAAGAAACACCAUCAGAAACCAAAAUCACAUCUUCAAAUGAAAAUGAGACUAAAGAACCAGAUUCUGAAAAGCAAAAUGAAGUUAAACCAGAAAACGUAGGAGCUUCUCCAGAAAACAGCUCAACUAACGAAGAUGGAUCAGAAAUCAAACAGCCAGAAACUAAUAAUUCCUCAACUAAUGAAGAAGAUAAAUCAAGAGAAAAUGAAGGAAAACCAUCUAAUGAACAAAAUAAUUCAGAAGAAAAACAAUCUCAAGAAUCUGUCAGAGACAAAGAUGAAAUUACUCCAAAUAUGUCAUCUUCAAAGGAAGAAAACAAAGAAAAUGAAAUAUCUUCUAAUGAUGAGUCUAAGCAAUCCGAAAAAGAAGAAGAAAUUGUUUCAGAGAAAGAAACGCCAAAUGAAACAGAAUUUAAAUCUCAAAAAGGUGAAAAUGAACAAAAAGAAAACAAAGAAAAGCCAUCAGAACAAAAUGAACAAGAAUCAGAAACACCAAAUGAAACAGAUACAAAGUAG